GCCACGGAGCCUACCUCAAGACCAUCCAUAGUGUUUUUACACUCCCACCAAGACUGCAAAAUCAAAAAGACAUAAGAUUGUUCAUUGGAAAAAAAAGCAGUGGGUGCAGUACUGAUGUGGUGUAUUGCUUUCCACAGUCUAGACACGUCAACAUGAUGAGAAAUUUUCUGUUCUUCUUGCUGCUAUCUACCUCCUCCUAUCAAUCAGUUUUUAUUGGAAGAGAGAGAGCUCAUCAUGUGCUACGGAAAAGAGCUAAUCAUUUUCUGGAAGAAAUACUUCCUGGAAAUCUAGAGCGAGAAUGCUAUGAGGAGACGUGUUCACAAGAGGAGGCAAGAGAAAUCUUCAAGUCUCCAGAAAAGACGACAGAGUUUUGGUUUCACUAUAAAGACCUCAGUCCAUGUAAAGAGAAUCCAUGCCAUAAUGGGGGAAUCUGCCAGCAGUAUCACUAUACUUACACAUGCCUAUGUCCACCACGCUAUUCUGGAAGGCACUGUGAAAAUGUGCGGUAUGAGUGCUGGUAUAACAAUGGAGGAUGCUGGCAGUACUGCACAGACACAGCGCGGGCACUUAGUGUAACCUGCUCCUGUGCACAAGGGUAUACCCUAGAGGAAGAUGGGAAGAAAUGUGCCAAAUUUGCUCGUUUCCCGUGUGGACUCACAACCAGUUCACCACGUUCAAUGCUAGGUCAGCAGGAAGUCAUUGGUCGUUCCAAUUUGGAUUUUCAUGAAAAUGAGAAUUCCUUUUCCAAUUCUACAGCUGCCAUAACCCCUGCAAGCAGUCUAAAUGAUAAUAUAGAGAUGCAACAGAGAGGUGUGUCGGAGUGGUUGCAAACCUCUGACAGAUAUGUACAGAAUGACACUUCUCAUAAUGUUACUGGAAUAGACAGUAAGAACAUUACUACAGGAGGUGAGGAUGGGAAUGGAACGACUUGGUAUGAUGACUUCAUUGGGAGAAUUCUGUACGGUGAAGGCCAGUCAGAAAAUAAUCGGAUUGUUGGCGGGAUGCGCUGUGAGCAGGGACAAUGCCCCUGGCAGGUUAUGAUUCGCACUGCUCGAGGGAUAGACUUCUGCAGCGGGAGCCUGAUUAGCCAACGAUGGGUACUGUCUGCCGCCCACUGCUUUGAAGACAUUGACCCACAUCAUGUCACUAUUGGGGAUUAUGACAAAUACCUGCGGGAUCAGGAUGAGCAGAAGAUUGCUGUAUUUAAAGUUUUCUCCUAUCCCUACUAUUUGGGGGAAUAUUAUGACCAUGACAUUGCUCUUUUGUAUUUGCGUAGCCCAGCUAUCUUCAGUGAAUACAUACGACCAAUUUGCUUGCCUAGCCCUGGACUUGGACGACUACUAACUCAAGAGGGUGAAAUAGGGCAAGUUAGUGGUUGGGGAGCGACGCGAUUUAAAGGGCGUGCCAGUCGCUUUCUACUAAAGGUUCGAUUACCUAUUGUCAGUCAAGACACCUGCAUGGCUUCUACCGAUAUGGUGCUAACAGGGAACAUGUUCUGCGCUGGAUACGAUAUUGAGACAAAGGACUCUUGUAAAGGUGACAGCGGAGGUCCAUUUGCUGUGCUAUACCGCAAUACCUGGUACCUGAUAGGUGUGGUGAGCUGGGGAGAAGGAUGUGCCCAAGAGGGAAAAUAUGGUGUGUACACAAGAGUAUAUAAUUAUAUCUCAUGGAUAAAGGACACCAUUAUAGAAACAGAAGGAAUGGACGAGCCAGUUGUUAAAACAUUAUAAGAUUGACUGAUACUUUUUUUUCUACAACAUCAAUCCAGAGUAAAAGGUUGGACCUGACAGAGAGACUGCAUCUGACGGAAUGUCAAGGAAGACUUGUCAGUGCCACAAUCAUGGCUGUAACAGCGUAUAUUUUGGAUAUCUACAACCCCAAUAUAUGACAUUCACGGCAGCAUGUGUGAAAGGCUUGCAUAAUUUUGAGUAUAGACUAAAGAAUCAGCUACCACAGUGAUAAGCCAUAAUUCAUAGCCCAGUGGGCAUUGAGAGAAAUAUUUAUGUAGAUAAAUUUGAAAGGCUGGAUUUACACAUGUCAUGGUAGAAUUUUUGGAUGAUCCCUAAACAUGGGAUCUAACCAUGUUGUAUGCAAUGCUGCAAAUCUUAAAAUUUAGUCUAGGGGUAAAAGAAUGAAGAGACAUGAUUCAUGGUGGUAUUUGAGGCUUACUCUACCUCUCUGCCCACUCCACACGGCAGAAGACUAUUUAUUAGUGAAAAACCUGGAUGUAACCCAUACAACCUAAAAAUACAAAUAAGCCAAUAUGAAUGUGGCAUGUGGUUUAGCAAAGUGUGAUGUAUAUACCCUCAUAGUAUACAUCUGGACACAAUUAGGAUACUCCAGUGCAGGAAAAUCUAAACAGAGAAAUUCCUUUGUCCAGAUACAUCUAGCUUUAAUACCAACUAUUGCAUCCUAGGUAUAUCCUAGAUUUAAUUAUGUUAAAAAUAAUCCUACUAUAUAAUUUUUAUAAACUUUACCAUAAUUCCAAAUCUUGGAUCUCAAGGUUCACCUCUUCCAGCUACAUUUGCCCUUCUGAAGGGCAUGGCAGAACCAUUCACUAGAAAAGGCACCCCCUGGAUCCAAGUCAUAAUGACUUCCCGGUAUUACCUAUAUGAAGAGGUUCCCAUCUAUAAAACAUCAAAUCACUGCGCGAGAUUUCCCGCGGUGUCUUCAAUUAAGAUGGCUGCCACUGCCUCUCCCUGAUUAAAUGGAUAAAGUAUUUUUUUAACUGGAUUAGCCCCUGAAAGGCUGUCAUUUUAAUCUCAGAUGCCAUGAUCAGUGAUGAGCGUGGCAUCUGAGGGGUUCAAUGAUGGGGGACAGCGCAAUCACUGAUCCCCGUCAUUGUGCCCGCUACAUACAAAGGAAUGCACUUUGUGACUAAGUAAUUCGACAUGAAUCUAAUUUCUUUGUGAAAUUCGGUGAAGCAGCCAAAUCAAAUUUUUCAUGGCUUCGCUCAACUCUACUGCUUUU